AUGACUGGUUCGUUAUUAUUUCAUCGUCAACGUAGUGUUGCAGCAGGUUAUUCAAACAAAGAUAAAGUGGCUCGAACAAAACUUCGUCGAUGUUCUUCAGCUGAAGAUCAUAAUACAACCGAAGUAACAUCUGAUGAUCAUCGACAUGUAGCAGAAUUAUUAACUCGACGUGAUCAAACAGCAAGUGAUAGUGACUCAGGUAUUGAAGAUCUUGAUCAACAAGUUGUAAAUCAUGUUCAAUCACAACCAGAUAAUAUCGAUGAUGAAGAACCAUCAACGCAAUUUGGUGCUUGUGAUGAUGAAGGUUUGGAAAUAAAUCCAAUACAAAAUUUUAUUCAAUCAUAUGAACAACUUGUAAACCUUUAUAAUGAUUUUCUUCUUGCUGCAAGAGUACCAGAUAGUGAAAAAAAAAAUAUUUGCUUGAAUACAUGUGAAAUAUUUCAUGGUGAAUUUGCUCGUGAUAUAAUCUAUCCACUUGCUUUACAUUAUCCUGAUUUUAAGUAUCAUCUUAUCCCCGAAAGUGAAUUUCAUAGUGAUCCAUGUGAAUGGCCUGGUUUUAGUUUUGUAAAACUUGAUAAUGCAAAAGCACAAUUUAAAUGUCCAAAUAUUUGUUGUGGUCGUUUAUGGACGUCAAUGCGUGCUCGAAUAUCAUUUAAAAUUAGUGAACCACAACCGGAUGGUUUUGUUGUACUCAAAAUUUAUGGGCAAGUUUGUCAACAAUGCGAAACUUUAGCUGAUGCAUUGUGGUAUGCUGAGGAAGUUUGCCGUGUUGUGAAAAAUGUAGCUCAGUCGAUAUUUGAUUCAUUUUUUCCUGAAAUUAUUAACUAUAAUGAUUUACUUGGUACAGAAAUGAUUCAAAAUAUUAAUAAAACUUGUCAACGUUCACGUCAUGAUCCUUAUCAACGAACAGGAAAAAUGCGUGCUCCACAUGAUAAACUUCAUUGCGAAGCGUGUCAACAUGGUUUAUGUUUUAUUUAA